GGGGUGGGGCUUAGGGGCUGAUAGGAUCCUCGGCAUGGCCUUAAUAGUCCUGGAGGGUGGGGCGCACAGGAGUUUUUGGGGGGCUGUGGUGGUGAACUGAGAGGAGCUACGGCCAUUCCUCCCAUUUACAAGACUUUGCAAGCCUUCAGGGUGGCCUUUGAAGGACCUCGGAGGUUGACAUGUUGAAAGGACUUUGGCAGGAGUUAUGAGGCCUCAGUGUGACUAUGCCCGAUAACAAUAUGGCUGUAUGGGGCUUUAAUAUGACCUGCCAGGACUUUGUAGGGUGGUGGAAUCAGCUUUGCUGGAUUGGUGGAGAGUUGAUGCCUUUCUUGGAGAUGGUUGCUAACAACUGAGUUGACAAAGACAACGGGUGAUGCAUGCAGGAGAAACCAGGAAGCCUGCACUGAAGCGCUGUAAAAACAAACUGCCUGAACACUAAUUCUAUAUCUGUCAUAAAGUUUCUCCAGGAAAGAGCAAGCAGGGAGAAGUGAAGAUGCCAUACUUCAAAUCUGCCUCCAGUCUCCGUUCUGACAGCACUGAUAUGGACCUGGAAGGUCUUGCUGAAGGAGAGUUGGCCAAACUUCAGCGGCAGUUCCGGCUGUUAGAAGGCAACCGUCAUGCGUAUGCUUUGGAGUCUCGUGAAAUCAUUCGUAGGCAGAUGGCAGAGGUGAAGCGCCUGGAGAAGGAGAAUGAAGACCUGCUACGCAGGCAAGCUGUGGCUGAGGCACGCAGCAACAUGAAGCAAGAAAAAGUCAAAAGCGACACUCUCCGUUCCUUACUGGGGCAGCGGGAUGAAGUGGAACAGCAGAUAAUCCAAGAGAAGAAGCGGAUAGCCCAGCUUGAUAAAGAGAUCCAAUCCUGGCAAAAGCAGUUGGCUGAACGGAAGCAGAUGGCAGGCAGUGAGACCCUAAUUCAGGAACAAAAGGCCCAUUUGCAGAAAAGAAUAGAGACAGUAGAGAAUCAGCUAGACAAGGCCUCUUCAGAAUUCAGUUCGCAGCUUGUCUUGAAUUCACAGCUACGGGAGGAUCUAGAAAUUCUCCGGGUUGGACACGACCGUUUUGAACUGCUGUAUAAGCAAUUGGAGAUGGAGCUGCUGAAUACUCGUAAAGCCAUAGGGGCCAUCAUCAGUACAUCCUCUGCAGCCUAUGAUGCAAGGGAUGAGGCACAAGCACGCCUGAGCCAGCUGCAGGAAAAGGCAGCGAAAGAUCGAAGACAACAUGAAACUGAGGUGAAAGAACUGGACCGCAUCCUAGACAAUGACCGCCGCAUGUCCGAAUUCAUUGCCAUCAAGUUGCAAGAGCGGGUGCUUACUGAAGAGGCCUUGAGGGCAAAGAAGAAGAAAGACGAAGAACGCAAGCGGAAAGACCCUGAGGAGGAGCUGUUUGAAUCUUACAAUGUUGCCAUGGAUAAAAUCCUGGAGAUAACUGAUUCAGCACACCUGAAUGUUGCCUUGAAUAAAUAUAUCAAAGGGGAGGAAGAUAACUUUGCUCAGUUCAACUAUGUUAAUGAGCAGAACAAUCAAAAGGAGCAGCUGUGGGAACAUAUCAGUGAGCUCUGCCGUGAGAUCGAGGAGGUUCGAAAGCAGGAAAACCAGAAGGAGAUGGAGCAGCUAUCACGGCUACAGGAGGCUGAGGCACAGCAGGAAGAAAUUGUAAAACAGGGGAACCAGACUGCGCUUAAACUUAAGGCUAUCCAGAAAAUCUGGGACCAGUUCAAAAAUGCAAUUGAGUCUCUCUUUUGGAAGCUUCAGUGUGAUCACUCAGCACUGGAGAACAUGUUGGGGGGGACGACGACCGCCCGUGAUGAGAAUGUUGCCAUCUACCUAGGCUUGAUUGAACAAAAGGCCAACGAUCUUUUGACUAUGUACUCCUUCUCGCUUGCUGAGGAGCAAGACCGUCCCUAUGAUACAGUGGAGACAGCACAGCUCCUCUUGGGCCAGACACCUGAGACUCGACCACAACCCAUUCACCUCCGGCCACCUACUGCUGGGCCUGGCCAUGAGCCAAUUGCUGAAGAAGACCAGAGACCUUUGACACACGAGGAGCUGAAAGAAAAAGUACUGAAAGAUGUCCUAAGUAAAGCAGGAGCACUAUCCCUAAAGAAACACUUGCAUUCUGAAGCAGCAACUAUACAUUCUGGGUCAGCUGCAAGCAAAAAGUAAUAUCUAUCCUCUUGAUUUGAGUAGGAAUGCAUUUGCAGCCUGUCCCAUGCCAUGCAGAAGACAGAUACCAUGCCAACACUGGCAGAACUGUGUUACUAUGUGGCCCUCUCACUUCAUCGCCCUUAACACCAGUGUCUUCUGCAGCAGCCUUAUUCUUGCUUUGGAGGAUUAGCGUUCCUGGACAUAGCUUUCACCCUGCAGGAACCUCACUCUGCUGUGGAUUCUGGAAGACCUUCCUCCUGCUGGUGAAGUGUUCCCCUUCUUGGCUGCUCAUUUGAUCAAGACAGAUAUACUGUGUCAAAAAUACCUAACUCACAGCCUGUAUAUUAACACAGCUCUUCACUCACACACUGCUCUUAAGCUCCUUGACUCCAGAACCUAAGGAGAGAUGUAUCUGAAAACACUUUAACUAUAGUAAUGGUAUGCCUGCAUGUAGCCUCUCAUAUAAAGGGAGGUUUUCUUGUGGGUCUCUAGUCUAAUAAGGAGGAAUGUCUGGUAUUCAUCUGGACAAGAGUGUCCACCUCUCUGAUUCUAAAACAGGCCACGGUUGGAUGAGAAGGGGAUGACUAAAAUUCACUGUCUCCCUAACAACCACCUUGUGUCAGAAAAAUGACAUUUUUAGCUCCCUCCUGCUAUGACUUGCUGAAGCCUCCAGAACAGGAAAGUCUUAUUCAUUCUCAGAAAGAGCAGUUGGGGCCCCAGAGGGUUCUGUUGAAUAUGUUUAGAAUAUUUGGCAAUGCAUUCUUGGUUUUCUUCCCUCUUUUUAAAAACCACACUACUAGCAUAUUCCUCAGAAAGAAUGUGGCUUUGACCAUGUGGGAAUUUUAUAUGAAGUUGAGCAAGUCCUACCCACAGCUGUUUACUACCAUGAGCUGCAGCCUCAUGAGUGAUGUAUGUGAAAUUUUGAAGGCUACAUGUGAAAAUAUACACGAAAACACCACCCUUCCUGGUAUACAUGUGAGAGGCAGUUUCCUCUGUGGUUGGUUUUGUUUUUUUUGUUUUUUUUGCCCUUCAUUUAGUGUAAGGGUGGAUUUUUUAAAUUAUUUUUUUCCCAUCACGGAUGAGAUCCUCACAAUAAUUCUCCCACCCCACCCUUGCUCUACACUCUCCUAUGGUGCUCCUGUUGCAGUCUUUCCCCAAUGUCUAAGGAAAGACUCCUGGGCAAUACAAUUCUUCUCCCAAAAAUGAUCAUCAUGAAAACAGUCUUGAUAGUUUCAGUGAAUGAACACAGAGGUAUACUUUCAAUCUUGCUACUCCCAUGGGUGUGAAAUAUGGGGGUUGUUUGACAUAGGAAGGUAUAGAAGUGGGGCCUCACGCCAAAUGGGGCACUACAUUCACAGUCCUUGUAACAGGUGAAAGAGACUGUCUCACCUUUCUUUUAAUUAUCAGUGUAAACUGGAAAAUAGAUUAUUAAAAUGUUUAACUGGCAA